AUGGGCUGGCUCAAAAUCGGCACUCGAAAGGCGCCACUCCUACAGACAGAAUUCAUCCAAGACUUAAAGGCCUCCACUCAACACAUCGAAACUCUCAGCCUCACCCCAAGAUACCCGUCUGCCACUACAGACACCAAAGAUAAAGAUUUACCCUUCAUCCCCGCGACUGAAGUUUCGCAGCGCAUAUCAGCGGGAGCUGGCGGUCUUCGUAUGUUCCCAGCCCCAAGAAUAGUCAUUGUGGUAGACAAUAUAGUGUAUGAUUGCACUGAUUUUAUCUCCGAACAUCCCGGCGGAGAACAGGUCAUCAAAUCUUUUGCGGGAGGGGAGUGUAGUUGGCAGUUCUGGAGGUUUCACGGGAAACAGGAUAUGGAGGAAUUUGGGAAGCCGUUGAGAGUUGGACGGACAGAAGGGUUGAAAAACAGGUUUCAAGAGCCAAAUAGAUAUGUAGGAUUAAGAAGAUGGGGGAAUGAUGUGUGGGACUAG